CGGGCGGAGGAUGGGGCCGUGCCCGGGCUCCCGCUGCAGCCGCCCGGGGACACGCCGUGCACCCUCCGGCUCGGGGCUCUCGCGGCGGUGGCGGCGGCAGUGUUAGCGGCGGCGGCGAGAGCGGCGUUCCCGGCGCUUCCUGGCCGCGCUUCUCCCUCGGGCUAGGCGAAGAGAAGAGGCAGCGGCGGCGGCACACCGGUGUCUCUCCCGCUGGAGAUUUCUUUCUGCUUUCCUUGUCGACUGACUCACCCCCUCCCUUUUUUGAGGAACGGUGACCUCUUCCCUGGGACUGGAAAAAAUAUUUUUUUGAGGAGGGGGGUGGGUGGCAGCGUCAGGAUCUGCUUCUUCUCUUCUUUCAUCUCCCUCUCCUCCCCCCUCGAAGACCGAAAAGCAUACCCCACAACUGCUCCAGCAUCCUCCUUCCCUUCCUCCACCUCCCUUCUCUUCCACCUCUUCCAGUUUCGUCCGCUCUCCUUCUCGUUAUUUCAUUAUUAUGUUUCCCUCCCUGGGGGGUCUCGUCCCUCUCAGGUUGCUCAGAAGCCGUGGCCUCCCCUGGAUGCAUUUCUUAAAAAUUUUGGAGCCUGGGAGUGAGUUUUCUCUGAGGCGUGUUUGAGAGGCGGCGGGGGUGUUUUCCUGCGCUAGGGGCGGGUGAAGUUCAUUGCCCCCACUUUCCCGCGACCUUUUCGGACCCGAUUUUGCAUCGGGGGGGCCGGCGUUUUCGGGGGGCGGGGGGCGCGGCGGAGAAUGGCCGCGGGGAGGGCUCCCAGGAGCCUCCCAGUCUCUUGAUCAAAGCAUUCCGCUAUUCUGAUUUAUUGCCUGCUUGGUGAGUUAUUUUUUUUCCUCUAAAGGAGACCUGUGUGUUCAGCCAUUACUUUGCUCGGCGCCGCUCACAGGAAUCUCCGACCCUCGGUGCUGUGGGUAGCCCCGCACUUGGGCUCCUCGCCUCUCGCCCUCGCUCCCGUCCCUCCUCCCUCUCUCCGCCCCUUCCCCCUUUUCUUUCUCCUCUCUUUCUUCCCCUCUCUCCCUUCUUUCGGCCGCCGUCUCCCCCGCGCCCUCCUCGGGGCGGAGGGAAGCCGAGAAGGGGGAGGGAGGGGUUGGUGUCAAUUUUUUUGUGUGGCCGCGGCCGGAGCCUGUGGCGGGCAGGCGGCGAGCGGGGAGACCCCGGCGCGGCAGAGCCAUGGAUGGCCCGACGCGGGGCCAUGGACUCCGGAAAAAGCGGCGGUCGCGGUCGCAGCGAGACCGGGAGAGGCGCUCCCGGGGCGGGCUGGGGGCCGGCGCGGCCGGCGGCGGCGGGGCUGGCCGGACCCGGGCGCCCUCGCUUGCCUCGUCGUCGGGCUCCGACAAGGAAGACAAUGGGAAGCCCCCGUCCUCCGCCCCGUCCCGGCCCAGACCCCCGCGAAGGAAGCGGAGAGAGUCCACCUCGGCCGAAGAGGACAUCAUUGAUGGAUUUGCCAUGACCAGCUUUGUCACUUUUGAAGCGCUGGAGAAAGAUGUAGCACUUAAGCCUCAGGAACGUGUGGAGAAACACCAGACCCCUCUGACCAAGAAGAAACGAGAAGCACUUACCAACGGUUUGUCCUUUCACUCCAAGAAGAGCAGACUCAGCCACCCGCACCACUACAGUUCAGACCGGGAAAAUGACCGCAACCUCUGCCAGCACCUUGGGAAGAGGAAGAAGAUGCCGAAGGGUCUCCGACAGCUCAAGCCAGGGCAGAACAGCUGCAGGGACAGUGACAGUGAAAGCGCCAGUGGAGAAUCCAAGGGCUUCCACAGGAGCAGCUCUCGGGAAAGGCUCAGCGAUAGUUCAGCUCCUUCCAGCUUGGGAACAGGCUACUUCUGUGACAGCGACAGUGACCAGGAAGAGAAGGCGUCAGAUGCCAGCUCUGAAAAACUCUUCAAUACUGUUGUUGUAAACAAAGAUCCGGAGUUAGGUGUUGGCACGCUACCUGAACAUGACAGCCAGGAUACAGGGCCGAUUGUCCCUAAGAUAUCGGGUCUAGAGAGAAGCCAGGAGAAGAGCCAGGACUGUUGCAAAGAACCAAUCUUUGAGCCCGUGGUGCUUAAAGACCCCUGCUCUCAGGUCCCACAGCCACUUUCCCAGCCCCAAGUGGAGCCCCAGCCCCGAGCUCCUUCUCCAGACCCUGACUUGGUGCAGCGCACAGAGGCCCCGCCUCAGCCUCCACGUCCAAGCACACGGCCAUCACAGGCGCCCCCAGAGGCCCAACUUCAGCCUGCCCCGCAGCCUCAGGUGCAGAGGCAGCCCAGGCCACAGUCCCCUACCCAACUGCUCCAUCAGAAUCUCCCACCUGUGCAGGCCCACCCCUCGUCUCAGAGCCUCUCCCAGCCAUUGUCAGCCUACAACAGCAGUAGCUUAAGCCUCAACAGUUUAAGCAGUAGCAGAAGCAGCACUCCAGCGAAGACUCAACCCGCCCCUCCUCACAUCUCCCACCACCCCUCAGCCUCCCCAUUCCCCCUCUCACUGCCCAACCACAGCCCCCUGCACAGCUUCACGCCCACCCUCCAGCCCCCCGCACACUCACAUCACCCCAAUAUGUUUGCCCCUCCCACUGCUUUGCCUCCUCCACCACCUCUGACAUCAGGGAGUCUGCAGGUCCCCGGACACCCGGCCGGGAGCACUUACUCAGAGCAAGACAUCCUGCGACAGGAACUGAAUACACGUUUUUUGGCCUCUCAGAGUGCUGACCGUGGGGCUUCCCUGGGCCCUCCGCCCUACCUACGGACCGAGUUCCACCAGCACCAGCACCAGCACCAGCACACACACCAGCACACACACCAGCACACCUUCACACCGUUCCCCCACGCCAUCCCACCCACCGCCAUCAUGCCGACGCCAGCACCUCCCAUGGUGCGUACCCCAGGCAGAAAUUUUGACAAAUACCCUACAAAAGUUGACCCAUUCUACCGGCACAGUCUCUUCCAUUCCUACCCUCCUGCAGUAUCGGGCAUCCCCCCUAUGAUUCCGCCCACUGGCCCUUUUGGUUCACUACAAGGAGCAUUUCAACCGAAGACAUCCAACCCUAUCGAUGUUGCUGCUCGACCUGGGACAGUCCCACACACUCUACUCCAAAAGGACCCGAGGUUGACAGAUCCUUUCAGACCUAUGUUAAGGAAACCAGGGAAGUGGUGUGCUAUGCAUGUUCACAUUGCCUGGCAAAUCUACCACCACCAACAGAAAGUCAAGAAACAGAUGCAGUCAGACCCACAUAAGCUGGACUUUGGACUGAAACCUGAGUUCCUGAGCCGUCCUCCAGGCCCCAGUCUCUUUGGAGCCAUCCACCACCCCCAUGACCUGGCACGGCCUUCGACUUUGUUCUCUGCCACUGGUGCUGCACACCCAACUGGGACUCCUUUUGGGCCACCUCCUCAUCACAGCAACUUCCUUAACCCUGCUGCCCACCUUGAGCCUUUUAAUCGGCCGUCUACAUUCACUGGCCUAGCAGCAGUUGGUGGCAAUGCCUUCGGGGGACUUGGAAAUCCUUCAGUUACACCCAACUCAAUGUUCGGCCACAAGGAUGGCCCCAGUGUGCAGAACUUUAGCAACCCUCACGAACCCUGGAACCGGCUGCACCGAACGCCUCCGUCGUUCCCGACCCCUCCGCCCUGGCUGAAGCCAGGGGAGCUGGAGCGUAGCGCGUCCGCUGCAGCUCAUGACAGAGAUAGAGAUGUAGAUAAACGAGACUCAUCUGUUAGUAAAGAUGACAAAGAAAGGGAAAGUGUUGAGAAGAGACACUCCAGCCACCCUUCACCAGCACCUAUCCUCCCGGUGAGCACCCUGGGACAUAACCGCAGCUCCACUGAACAGAUCAGGGGUCAUUUGAACACUGAGGCUCGAGAGAAAGAAAAAUCCAAAGAGAGGGAGAGAGACCACUCGGAAUCCCGUAAGGACCUGACUGCCGAUGAGCACAAGGCAAAGGAGGGCCACCUACCUGAGAAGGAUGGCCAUGGCCACGAGGGGCGAGCCGUGGGCGAAGAGGCCAAGCAGCUGGCCCGGGUGCCAUCACCCUACGUGCGGACCCCCGUAGUGGAGAGUGCCAGGCCCAACAGCACCUCGAGCCGCGAGGCUGAGCAGCGCAAGAGCGAGCCAGCCUACGAGAACCCCAAGAAGGGCUCAGAGGUCAAGGUGAAGGAGGAGCGCAAGGAAGACCAUGACCUGCCUCCGGAGGCCCCACAGACCCACCGGUCUUCAGAGCCACCUCCUCCAAACUCCUCGUCCAGUGUGCACCCGGGGCCCUUGGCUUCGAUGCCCAUGACGGUGGGGGUGACAGGAAUUCACCCCAUGAACAGCAUCAGCAGCCUGGACAGGACUCGCAUGAUGACUCCUUUCAUGGGCAUCAGUCCCAUCCCUGGGGGAGAGCGGUUCCCGUAUCCUUCUUUCCACUGGGACCCCAUACGGGACCCUUUGAGGGAUCCCUACCGAGAACUUGACAUCCAUCGGAGAGACCCGCUGGGCAGGGACUUUCUGCUGAGGAACGACCCUCUCCACCGUCUCUCGACUCCCCGGCUCUACGAAGCUGAUCGCUCCUUUAGGGACAGGGAGCCUCAUGACUAUAACCACCACCACCACCACCACCACCACCCUCUGUCUGUGGACCCUCGGCGGGAACAUGAGCGAGGGAGUCACCUGGAUGAGCGGGAGCGCUUGCAUAUGCUCAGAGAGGACUAUGAGCACACGCGGCUCCAUUCUGUCCACCCUGCCUCCCUCGAUGGACACCUCCCCCACCCCAGCCUCAUCACCCCCGGACUCCCUAGCAUGCACUACCCCAGAAUCAGCCCCACCACGGGGCACCAGAACGGACUCCUCAACAAGACCCCGCCCACGGCAGCGCUGAGUGCGCCUCCCCCGCUCAUUUCCACGCUGGGGGGCCGCCCAGUCUCUCCCAGAAGGACUACUCCUCUGUCGGCGGAGAUCAGGGAGAGGCCCCCUUCCCACACUCUGAAGGAUAUUGAAGCUCGAUAAGGAGAGCGUAGGACACGGAGAGGAAGAAGAACCUACACCCACACAGCACCAGACUUUAACCAGAGGGCCCGAGCGAGCGAGCGAGCAGACUCCGGCUUCCUUAUUAAGACAGACUGCGGGGCUCUCUGAGAGGUCCCCAACUCUUCCCUUGUAAAAAAUGUAUAGACUCAGUGCAGAUUUUGAAAUGUUUUUGUAUAUUAUACGUUGAAAUUUUUCAGAUCUUUUAGCCAAGUCAUAUGUUCUCAUGUCUCCUCCUCUUUUGGGUUGUCUUAUAAGACUUUUUGAUUUGAACCAAAACAGUGAAGAUGACAACACACACCAAUUUGGUAAUAAUUGGGGGGAAAAGAAACAGUCCACACAAUCCAUCAGGCAAAGCUCUUUCAGAUGAGAAGGGAAGGCCGUGUACAUAGUUAUGUAAAAAAAGAUUGCUUCAUGAGCUAAUGGUUCAUAUAUGCAAAAGGGUAAGAUGAAAGCUUUACUUUGUACAAAUGUAAAUAGAUAAAGAUUAAGUAACAUAAUACAUUAAUACUUCUUAAAAUGUGCUAUUUGCAAACUUAAUUAUCAGUGAACACAGUUGGCUAUGGCUGUGUUCCCAUAUAUCGUUAUAGACAGCUAAACCCUUCAACUAUGCAAUGAAUGUUAGGGCUUUUCACAAAAGCCUGCCUAACUCAAAGGAGCCUUUUCAAAUCCAUUUACAACAUACUUAAGGUCAUAUUUUCCCUGAACAAGCGCUUACGUGAUAUGACUCUGUUUUCCUUGCUUGUUUUUUCAAAUGGAGAAACAUCCUAUUUUGCAAAUUGGACCCCAGGCUGAAACUUUGGAUCUGAAGUUGCUGCUUGUGGGCUCUGGGGGUAGAGUACAGCCCCGGAAAGGUAACUGAGGACAUGAGCAACCAGUGCCAGGGAGGAUGGGAGUUGUCAGAUGCCAGAAUCAGGGGACACAGACAGGUCGCCAGCAUCUCGUCACCAUCAGUCACGUGAUUUCACACACACCUCAUGUGGGAACCAUCCGUUUUUUAGUGUGUCCUCUUUCAUAUCUGUACACACCUCCUCGUUUUGUAAUGAGAUUUAAUUACACCCAAACAGAUCCUGAAAGAAAGCUUCAAGUUUUCUCAGAUGAUGGAUAUGUUUUCACUGUGUGCGGUAACUGAUGGAUUUAAGGUGCACAUUUCCUAAUGUGGCUUGUAUUCCAGGUGGUGAGAAAGUCUGGGAAUAGCCGUGACAGUCAGCCACAUGGAGCCGUGGAGAGUGACAGAGGGUGAGAGGUGGCAGAGACAAAGUCUUGCGUGUGCGUGUGUUUUUAAGUUUGCAUCAAUCUUAAUGUCUCUUCAUAAUACUUUUAUAAUACAUUAAGCCUCUUGUCUACAUAUUUGGAGAGAAUAUGACUUUACUAGCAGAGAAAUACAAUAUAUCUUGUCUACUGGACUGUAAAAUAUAUGUAUGAAAUAAAAUUAGUUCCAUUUGGUCUUCUAGUAUAUUAAAGUGCUAUCUGACGUUGUUAUCCUGUUUUUGCAAAAAAAAAAAAAGUUAACUACAGACCAUUGUUUCUAAUAAGCAGAGAGAUCUAUUUUAGUAGUAAACUGAAGGUUUAGUUGUGAGCUUCAGAUUUUGUGAACUCCAGAUGUUGUGCAGUGUUUUGUUUUUUUUUUAAGACAACAACUAAAAAGAAAAAAAAUCCAAGGAAUAUGUACACUGGAACUGUAGUGGUAGCUUUCAGUAUUGUAAAGAGAUUGUUCUAUCCAGACCUUUUUGCUGUUUAUCCUGUAUGUAAUAAAGUCCUUUCUAGAUCCUCUGUGGAAAGAAAAGUGAAGCGACUGGAUCUUCAGCAUGUUCUCAUCGGCGGAGCCUCUUGUGUAAUGUAAACUGUGCCAUGUUAUUAAAAAAUGUGAACUAAGCUUCCA